GCGCGCCCGGGCCGCGGGACCGCGGGGCGCGAGAGCGCGAGAGAGGGCAGUGUCGCGCGCGCGGAACCGACGCCAGGUUGCUGCUCCGCAAUUCUCCCGGAGCCGUUCGUGUUCUCGCCGGAGCCCGGAGCAGGCUGAUUUUCGAAAAUGCCAACUAGGAGAUUUGCUGAUGGUGAAGUAGUACGGGGUCGAUGGCCUGGGAGUUCACUUUACUACGAAGUAGAGAUCCUGAGCCAUGACAGCAAGUCCCAGCUUUAUACCGUCAAAUACAAGGAUGGAACUGAACUUGAACUGAAAGAGAGUGAUAUCAAGCCUUUAACCUCCUUCCGGCAAAGGAAGAGCGGCUCAGCUUCCAGUUCUCCCUCCAGACGCCGAGGGAGCCGCUCGAGGUCGCGCUCCCGGUCCCCGGGCCGGCCCCCGAGGAGCUCCCGCCGAUCCGCCUCGGCUUCGCACCAGGCUGAUAGGAAGGAAGCCAGGAAGGAAAUUUUGGAAGUUAAGCUGACUCCGCUGGUGCUGAAGCCAUUUGGGAACAGCAUCAACAGAUACAACGGAGAGCCUGAGCACAGAGAGAAGAAUGAUCUUCCUCACAAAACCACGCAGGUGCACACCGGUUCAUUCUCUCUCCAGGAAAAAUUCCAUUUGCCGCAGGAGAGCAGUUAUCUGUCCACACAGUAUAGCCUUCGUCCGAGAAGAGAAGAGAUCAAAUUAAAAGAAAUAGAUGCUCAGGAAGAAAAAAUUGUUACAGAAGGACCUACAUCAUUGAGAACCUUUGAAGUGACAACCAAACAGCCGAAGGAAGUAGAGUUUGGAGGAGUACCUGGUGUUUUAACCAUCAUGCUCGGCCUGCCUGCCUUCCUCUUCCUGUUGCUGUUGAUGUGUAAACAGAAAGAGCCCAGUCUUCUGAAUUUCCCGCCGCCUCUGCCAGCUUUGUCUGAUUUAUGGGACGCCAGAGUAUUUGGGCUCUACCUCAUCUGGUUUUUCCUGCAGGCUCUGUUCUACCUACUGCCGAUUGGGAAGGUUGUAGAAGGAAUACCUCUUACUGAUGGAAGAAGACUCAAGUACAGAUUAAAUGGAUUCUAUGCUUUUAUCCUGACAUCUGGACUCGUCGGAGCAUCUUUGCUCUGGGACGUGGAGCUUUAUUACGUGUACAAUCACUUCCUCCAGUUUGCACUCGCAGCCACUGUUUGGGCCGUGGUCUUGAGUGUUUAUCUCUGCGCCAGGGCUCUGAAGGCACCUCGGAAUGACCUGUCGCCGGCCAGCUCUGGCAAUGCCAUCUAUGAUUUCUUCAUUGGCCGCGAGUUAAAUCCUCGGAUUGGUACUUUUGAUCUCAAAUACUUUUGUGAAUUGCGCCCUGGAUUGAUUGGCUGGGUGGUCAUUAACUUGGUGAUGCUUUUGGCUGAGAUGAAGGUACAGAAUCGCGCCUUUCCAUCCUUAGCCAUGAUUUUGGUCAACAGCUUUCAGCUCUUGUACGUGGUGGACGCUCUCUGGAAUGAGGAGGCGCUGCUGACGACCAUGGACAUCACCCACGAUGGCUUCGGGUUCAUGCUGGCCUUCGGGGAUCUGGUGUGGGUGCCGUUUAUCUACAGCUUCCAAGCGUUUUACUUGGUCGCUCAUCCCAAUGAACUGUCCUGGCCGGCGGCUUCUCUCAUCGUGGCUCUGAAGCUGUGUGGAUUUAUCAUCUUCCGAUGUGCAAAUUCUCAGAAAAAUGCAUUCCGGAAAAAUCCUAAUGACCCAAAGCUUGCACAUUUAAAAACCAUUCACACUUCAACGGGAAAAAACCUUCUCGUGUCUGGAUGGUGGGGCUUUGUUCGCCACCCCAAUUACCUGGGUGACCUCAUCAUGGCCCUGGCAUGGUCCCUCCCGUGCGGUUUCAGCCACAUUCUGCCUUAUUUCUACGUGAUUUACUUCACCGCGUUGCUGGUGCACCGAGAAGCCCGCGACGAGCACCACUGCAAGAGGAAGUACGGCCUGGCCUGGGAGAAGUACUGCCAGCGGGUCCCCUAUCGCAUCUUCCCGCACAUCUACUGACCCUGCCCGCGCUGCUGCAGCGCACCUGCCGCUCUAGCUCCCGCUCACCAGGAAAGAAGAAAAUCCCCGAGAACCUUCUCUUGUUGCACUGACAGCAUCUUGCCGUUUCCUUGUCUCUUUGAGGCAGGACUGUAGAGCCAGACAGUAAGUCUUCUAAUGUAGCCAUGUUUAUUUUUUUUAAAUAUAACAAUUAACAUAAGGAAAGUGUAGAUAAAGACGUUGGAAUUGGCGUUCUGAUAGGAAACGUUCAGUCCUUCAGUCUUCUAAACGCACUGAAUACUAUUGAUGUUUAUGGUUUUUGCUUUUCAAAUUUGGAUUCUUUUGUCAGUUGGUUUUUCUUAAAUGAAAAUGUUGUUACAUUUUAAAAGUAUAUUUAUGUUUUAUUGCAUUAAGAGAGUAGAAUUUUUGUUUCCCUUUAAAUUAAAUCACUUACUAGUUAUGAGAUUUGAAGCUCCGCUGUUCAGUGCUCCAUGGGAAGCGGGUGAUGGUGAGUGGACAUUGUUUGCUGAAGACUUUUAGCGGUCAUUUGCUUAACCUCAGCCUCUGAAACUGCAUUCGAAAAUGUAAAUACGUCGCUUUUAUGUAAUAUAUGGUGACUUCAGAUUUUCCUGUAUAGUAUUUUGAAUGUGAAAUAAUUUUCAGGACUAAGUAUCUUUUUAACAAACAUUUGCAGUAUUUUAAGUUUUGUAAAGUAAUUUCAUGUGAAAUGAACAUUUUGAAACAAGUAGAAUUCAUUUACUAGUGUAUGAAAGGCGCUCUUAAAGCAUAGGAAGAGUAUUUUUCCUAAUCCAAAGUGUCGUGAAUUUGGCUUUGCUACCUCAAUUGCAGGUGUGUAUUUGCCUUUAUAAACUCUUGCAAAUAGAAAAUAUAUAUUUUUGGAAUAACAUCACUAUUUAAACAUUUUUACACAGAUUGGUGUUUGGAAAUCUGCCAUUUCAGGGUAAUAUUUUUGUAUGUCUUUGACUUUUUUAAUUAAACGGUGUUUUUGCUACUGUUGGCUUAGGCAGUUUAUGCUGUAUUUUUGCAUAUCUUUAUAUUUUACAAAACUCUACUCCCUCUAAAGGAGUGUUGUGUUCAUCUUUAGAAAUCUAUUUAUGUAAAAACAAUUUAAGGGAAUAGUUUCAAAUCAUUUCUUUUAGUUGAAUAGAUGUGUAUAAGGUAGUGUUAGCCAGUAAAUUCUACUGAGAUUGAUACAGUCUCCUUAGUAACUGUCCUAUAAUGGAACAGUAGUAAAUUCACUAAACUUUUGUCUUCAGAGGAGUUGGAUUGUUCUCAGUACCUUAAACAUGGGGAAAUCUAACAAAGAGAGCGUGUAUGUUUGGGGUUUUAAUUAUACAUUUUAUAUAUGAGCCAUUUAGAAUAUGCAGUGUUGAUUCUACACUGUAAUCUGAAGUGUAUAUAACUGGGCUUAUGUUAAUGUGAUCAUGAAGUUGGUUUGUUCUAGCAUGCUGCAGGCCUAUGGUCUUUAAACAUGGUUUUGGUGAAGCUGUGUAUGCAAGCAGUUUCUUCAUGCUUUUCUCUGGGCAUCAGAAAAUGAGGUGCCAGCAUAUUCUAUACUAGAUUCACCAGUGAAGCUUUGGGGGGGGGGGGCUUGCGUUCUUUUCCUUGGUAAUGAAAAAGAGUUGUUACCAACAACAGUGCUGCAGUCUCUGGUAUCAGCUAUAAUUUGUUUUUGUUUUUGAUAUGUUUAUUGGACAAGUUUUAUAAUGAAGUUUUAAGUUGAAAAUAAAAAGAUGUUGCUUUGA